UUCCCUCUUUACUCCUCCGCCGGCGAGAAAAGAUGGUGCGAGAACGGCACCGGCGGGACGACCUCUACAUCGCCGUCCCCAGCUUCUUCCGGUGCCCCAUCUCCCUCGACGUCAUGACGUCCCCCGUCAGCCUCUGCACCGGCGUCACCUACGACCGCGCCAGCAUCCAGCGCUGGCUCGACGGCGGCAACAACACCUGCCCCGCCACCAUGCAGGUCCUCCACUCCCGCGAGUUCGUCCCCAACCUCACCCUCCAGCGCCUCAUCCGGAUCUGGUCCGACUCCGCCCGCGGCCCCCCGCCCCCGCCGCCUCCACCGCCGCCGCCGCCGCCGCCGCCGCCGAGCAGCCGCCGACCCCUCCCCCGCACCCGGACUCGCCCCUCUCCCGCGACCGCGCCCUCGCGGCGGCGAGGGCCGUCGCCACCGGCGCCGGCGGCGGAGGGUCCGCGGCGUCGUCGCUGCCGGGGAUCCUGCGGUUCGCAGGGGAGUCGGAGGAGAACUGCGAUCUUCUCGCGGGGAUCGAGGGCUUCCCGGGCGCGCUGCUGAGGAUGCUCGACUUCGACGGAGACGAGUCGGAGAGGAGA